CAUAGUGUUACCUGUUCAGUAAACUUGUCCUGGUAGGAGAUCAUGAAAGUAACUGCUUUAUUUGUUGUUUUUAUUGAGAAAUUUGAGAUUGUGCCGGUGGAGUUAGCUUAUAGCACAUUAGCUACCGCCAUAUUAGUUAACAUAGAUGGAAGCUCUGAGAUUAAAAGUUCAAAAAGUCCCUCAGGGGAUUUAUUUCACUGGGGCAGUUUAGGUGGUGGGUGUCUCGGUAGUUUAUAUCAUACUGGGCCAAGAACAUGAAUGAUUUUUAUUGACCCUUUCCAGGACUGACUGCAGGAAAACCUGCGCAGGUAGACUCAACCAGUCUGAAAAGUGCUUACCUCCGAGCCCAUUAUUGAGGAGACGUGCACCUGACAGCUGAGAGCAGGGGGAAUCACCGCUGAAAUCUCAAUUGAUAAAGAACUCAGAGUGGAGAGCGGGUGAGACCAACUUGAUUUUCUGACUGUACUAUAAUUUUAAGGACAAAUAAUUUAAUGAAAAUUUGAAAUUGUUCUGUGUUUGGUAAGAGGGUCCGCCAUUCAGAGAAAAGUUCUGUACACACAGUUGAUCUGGGAUCAACACUGUUGACUUGGGCUGAUCGCCACCAGCAGACGCAAAUUGACAUAGUUGAUUUGGGCUGAUUGCUGUGGGCACACACAAACUAAGGCUGGUUUGCGCUGAUUGCCAGGCAGACGCAGGUUAACAGCAUUGUGGGUUACGUAAGUGACGACUUACUGGGGCCGAACCACAAAUAGGCAUUGGAUGUCUUUGAAAAUCUAGAGCAGGGGUAUUCAAUUAAAACUCACUGAGGUCCAGAGCUAAAAUUUCCUCCUAGUAAAAGGUCCGAACAAAAGUCCAACUUUUGCAUUAUGGUCUUGUUCACCUGUAUGUUUACAUUUUCACUGUUAAGAAAUGGCACUUAGGUAUACAACUGGCUAUUUUACAAUAUUUAAAAAUAGUCCCAGGCAAAUAAUUUUAAAACCUUUAUUUCAGAAAACAGAAACCUCAAAAUUAAAAGUGCAAACAGAGCCUAAUAAAAUUUUUUUGCUUAAAAUGAAUAAGUCCAAGCCUAGAGAAUUGAAGGCUUACACUUCAAGUAAAAAAUUAACAAAAAAGUUAACUUUAGAAAACAGAAAACAAUAAUUAAAAAGUGGCAAGCAACCUUUUUCCUCUUUUUUUUUUUCAACUUACAUUAAAGCAGUACAACCUAUAAAAAAAAAUCAAGUUUUCAAGUAAAACAGGUCAGCAUAUUCAAAAAACAAUAAAUAAAAAUUACUCUUUUAGAAGAAAACAGAGCUUUUAACACCACCUUUUCUCUAUCAAUAUUCUUUACUUUUCUUAAUGAGAGAAAUGGGCAUGGCAUUGCCCUGCCAGUAAUUUAAAUCUUGGUUGGAAUGGAGUCAGUGCCAUUCUCAUGCAGACAUGUAGGUGUUCAUUUGUGAGUCUAGAACGGUGCUUGUUUUUUAUCAAGUUCAUAGUGGAAAAAGCUGACUCACAGUUGUAAGUUGAUCCAAACAUAGUCAGUGUGUGCAGUGCUACUUUGGUUAGACCAGGGAGCACACUCUCAGACACAAGCUGUAGCCAGAAGGUAGCAGGGUCAGUUGCCUCAAAAUGCUCUCAAUUCUGCAUUUGCUUGCAGAUCAAUGAGCUCAAGCUGUAGAGAUCCUGCAUGUGCCCACUUAUGUCUGUGUUGCCUCCUUUGAAAAGCCUUUGAUUUCUCUAAUGAGAAAAGGAUUCUGGAUCAGCAGGAGGAGCUGCUGCCCAAGGCAGAAGCUGUCAAACCUUUGACUGAAGUUUCCGAUCAGUUUGUUUAUGAAGUCAACAUAGGGAGAAACAUCUCUCUCACCCCGAAUCUGUUCCUGCAGUUUUGGGAAGUGUUGACACUCUCCUUCAAGAUCUUCUUUGAAAAUGUCCAGCUUCCUCUGGAAGGAUCGAACAGCUGUCAUCAAAUCAGCAACUGAACUGUUCCUGCCCUGCAGCUUUAAAUUAAGCUCAUUAAGAUGUGAUGUAAUGUCAACUAAAAAAGCAACCAUAUCCAUCUUGUGCUCUUCUUGCAGAAAAAGUGAAAACUGCGUUGCUCUCUGACUCUUUAACUGCUUUAAGAACGCAGCAAUUUCUUUUCGGAUAGACCAGAAGCGUCCCAGUGCAUUGCCUUUACUAAGCCACCUCACAUUGUUGUGCAAUAGCAGAUCAUCAGCGUUUGCCUCAACAUCUUCCAGGAAUUCUCUCAGGAAGCGAUGCUGAAGAGAUGAGGAUGCCCUAAGGAAGUUGAUGAGCUUCAUCACUGUGUUCAUUACUUCAGCAAAAUGUUCUGAUAGAGUGGCACACAGAACAGUCUGAUGGAUGAGACAGUGGUAAGCAAUAAGAUCUGGGUUGUUCUCUUUCAUCCGUGUCACAGCCCCUUGCUCUUUUCCCACCAUGGCAGGGGCAUCAUCUGUGGUAACAGAGACAACCUGCUUCAGAUCUAUGUGCCUUAUUCUCAGCAUCUCUUUUAUUGCUACAUAUAUGUCCUCUCCUCUUGUAUGUGUUUCCAGUGGUGUUACACCCAGCAGAUCCUCACAGAGCUCCUUCCUAUCUUUGUGAUAAAAUCUCACAUACACUAAAAGCUGGGCAUUAUCAGUAACAUCUGUAGACUCAUCGAUGGCCAGAGAUAUGCAUUGUGCACUCUGAAUAGCUGCAUCAAGCUGUGCCAGUACAUCACCUGCUAAUAUUUCUGAUUUUCUGGUUGCUGUUGAAGCUGAUAUAGGGAUUUGUUUGAUUUUUUUUUUUCACAUAUAUCGUCUUUUUGUUUUCCAUCGAAUAAUGUCUCAGCAACAGCAUUUAAGCACUCCUUCACGACUGUCCCAUUAUUAAAUGUUUUUUUUUAUGUUGCCCCAAAAUCCACAAUACCUUGAGUUAACAUUCGUUUGCACGUUGCUGGGCUGUAAAAGUAUUUGUGAUGAGUCGGGUACUGGGCUUGCAGUUCGCUUAAUUUGCGUGCUCUCUGCUCGGACUUCAGCGGAUAACUUUGCUCAAAAGAGCUGUGCUUUGUUUCGUAGUGGCGUUUCACGUUGCCACUUUUAAUUAAAGCAACCGUUUCUGAGCAUAUAAGACAAACAGGUUUUGACCUGCCUGCAGGAAGAAUGAACAUAAACUUAUCUGUCCAUUCAUCUUUAAAACAGCUGUUUUCAGCAUCAACUUUUCCUAUUUUGGAACAAGCCAUAACCUCCUCGGCUCUGCCCGGGUGAGCUCGCGGCACUGGCUGCACAGGGCAAACAAAAGAUUUGAUUGGCUCAACUGAGUGAUGCUAUUACCGUAAUAACUGUAGAAGAGGUAACCUCUUGCCCACAUUUCUGCUUGACUCUGCGCCUGUGUUUCGCCGGAAAAAAUGCUCCAUGAAAAUGAUCUAAUUUUGUGAGUUCAUCAUAUUGGGCAUGGGUCCGGACAGAACCAUCGCUCGGUCCGGAUUCGGACCGAGGUCCGCCAUUUGGGGAUGCCUGAUCUAGAGAGUGGCUCUCUGAGAUUAGAGUGUAUACUGCCAGGAACUAAAUGAGGAGCUCAAAAUCCAAAACAGAAAAGCCGGAACAAAUGAAGUAUAACCAAAAUAGCCCAAAUGUGCAAUUUAUGAAGAACAAACAUGGUGAGGAAAUUUUGCAGCAAUUAAAUGUGUGGGUAAAUGAACAUGGGUUUCCAGAAGAAGGGUCCUUUAGUAUAAGACAAUUAAAUGCACUAAAACAAUCACUAGAAAAAAGGGAAAGUGAAGCCAGAGAAAAAAUCAAUCAAUUGAAGAGGAAAGAAAACAAAGAAGUUUGUUGCUUUUCAUGCAGACUGGAAAGCAUUUUUUUUGUGGCUGGAUGAAGCAAAACUCAGGGAGAGAAAGUGUGGACAGGCAGGGUCAAGAAAUGUUACUAAUCAAGUGUCUCAGUGUGUCAAAAGCAGGGUAGACCCAGACCUGGAUCAACCUCCUCCCCAAGCACAGAGGCCAGAGCAACACAACAGACCAACACAACCAACAUCAUCUUAUCCAGUAUCAGACCGGGGAGAAUCCUCCGCAGCUUCACCUCCGCCUUACUCUGACCCUGGAAAACCAGCAUCACUGCUAACCAACCUCCCCCAGCCUGCACGAGAGAUUGCUGGAGCAACUGCACCACCUCUGUCCCCUCAUGUCACCAGAUCGGGAACAAAAUUUAAUCCAGGAAUGAGUGAACAGGCUAUCAGUUUGGAUGACAGCAUUACGACCAUGCCAAUGGUUGAAGUUAUGGGUACAGAUGGAAAAUACAUUCAAAACACAGCGGUUUGGACACCCCGGCAGCAGGAUGGAGAGACGCACUCCAAAUCACAAACUGGGAAGUGCAUCUCAGAGAUCGCUUUGUGAAAGGACUAAGACCUGAAGUGCAAACGUAUGUACACAAACACUGUGUGCAGUGGGACUUGGCAAGACUGUCUGAGGUUGAGAGAUCUGCCAUUCAUGGAGAAAAAAUGGCAAGGGAAGAAAUGGAGCGAGAUAACAAGAGGAAAGUCAAAACUGAAGAAAAACUCCAGUUGGCACAGCUCACAAUGUACAAGUCACAAACACGGAGGCUGUGGGAGAGGCAGAGGACGGCAGAGAGGAGCUGGAGGGAAAGAAGUGGAGGGGAGAAAUAGAAAGAGUUGUUUUCAGUGUGGAGCUGCAGGACAUUGGGUUAGAGAUUGCCCUGAAAAGCAGGAAACUGAGGCUGACUGACUCGGGGCGGAGGCUGAGAAAGAGAAGGGUACCCAGACAUCGCAUCAAAAGGUAAAGGAUGAAAACAAGAUACAUACACACACAUGCAAUAAAAACGACACACACAAACAUACACGCAAAGAAGACCAGCUUACACUCAUAAAUAUGGCCAUACAUCACAUCACUGCUAAAGCUGAAAGGCCUAACAGACACACCUUUUACCAAAUGCUGAGCUCAUCCACUGCUUACAAACGCUUGCCUCAACUAACUCUCCAGGUUGCAGGACAACAGGUUGUGUUUCUGAAUCAGUGAUCAGACAAGCAGAUUUAAACCCAAAACCAAAACUUAGUGGUAGAUAUAUUAAAACUGUAGGAGCAGGAAGUGUUCCAAUAAUUGAGCAAUACACAAGAGAUUUACAAUGUGAAGAUACUGAAAGUGGGCUCUUUAAACAAACGUUCCUGCUGUCACCGUGUUGUCCUGCUAACUUGUUGGGUCGAGAUUUGAUGUGUAAACUUGGGAUUGUCAUUGUGUCAGGGAAAGACGGUUUGAUCAUCACACGGGUGAACAGAAUGAUGCAGAUGGUUAAAUAUGAUUCAGAUCUGCUGCUGUAUGCAUACGAGUGGAGACUCCAGCAGACUGCUGUGUUUCCUGUUUGUGAUGAACUGGUAAAGCUUGCACAACAACACACACACACACACACACAUCUGAUUACAGGGCAGCAGACUGGUUACAUGUAACAGCACAUGUGUGUGAGGGAGCUGAUGAGCAGGUUGAGAGAGUGGACAAAAGAUAGAUGUGCAGCUAAAAUUAUUCUCACAGAUGAACAAAACAGUUUUUACAGAAUCAUGACAGCAUUCCACAUGUUUCUCUUUCAAAAGCUGAGCAAGAUGAUUGGCAAGAUUUGGGGCCAUGGCUAAAACGAGUGCAACAGUGUAAACAAUGGGAAGAAACUGACAUUUCAGGAGUAAAACACUGCAAUGGGGUGUUUAAGAAGCACCUGACAGCAGUAGUUUGUGUUAUGAGGACUGUGCAGUUGCUAACAAAAACUUGUCUUUAUGUCCAGCAGGUGGAACCAUGCCAGCUGACCCCAGGUUUUCUCCCUCCGGAGGCUCCACAUUGUUGCAAUAUGUUGAUGAUUUGCUGAUCUGUUCCCCUUCUAAGCAGGCCUGCGAGACAGACACAAGAGAGUUGUUAAAAUACCUCACUGAAAACGGUCACAAGGUGAGCCUCUCCAAAUUACAGUGGGCUUGGGAGAAGGUCACCUAUCUGGGACACGUGAUCUCGUCAGACGGUAAGUCCCUCUCUCCAAAAAGGAUUACAGUGAUUCAAUCCAUUCCAAAACCGCAAACAAAGAAACAAAUGAUGAGUUUUCUUGGCAUGACGUCAUAUUGCCGUCAGUGGAUCCUCAACUAUGCUGCGCGAGAGGCUCCACUGUCAGCAAUGAUACAUGGGAGGGGACUGACUGCACAUGACAGACUAGACUGGACUGAAGAUGCUGACAAAGCUUUCACUGACUUAAAACUGACACUCCAGACUGCUCCGACUUUAGGAUUACCAAAUCCUGAUAAACCAUUCACCCAGACAGUGGAUGAAAAGGGUGGAUACAUGACAUCUGUUUUAUUGCAGGAACAUGGAGGGCGACAAAGACCAGUGGCAUAUUUCUCAUUCAAACUGGACUCAGCAGCAGGCCUCCCCCUUUGUCUGCGAGCAGUAGCAGCAGCUGAAAAGGCACUUCUAGCUUCAUGUGACCUUGUGGGCCACUCUGACUUAACCCUUUUGAUACCACAUUCUGUAUCACGAUCCUCCUAGAGCCAAAAACUACACAUUUAUCAGCUGCUCGUUGGUUAAGGUACCACACAGUAUUAGUGGAGAUGCCAAAUGUAACAGUUAAAAUAUGCACUGUGCUAAACCCAGCUUCACUUCUCCCCACAGAAGCAGAUGGUGAACCUCAUGAUUGUAUAGCAGCUAUUUCUGAAAUCUGUUCUCCCAGGCCUGACCUACAGGAUGCACCGCUGACUAACUCUGAUCUGGUGGUCUUUGUGGAUGGUUCGGCAUCACGCAACCCAGACACCGGUAAAAAUCAAGUAGGCUAUGCAGUGGUCACAGAACAUGACAUUCUAGCCUCUGGUUCAUUACCAUCUCACCUUUCAGCUCAAGCAGCAGAACUUGUAGCAUUGACAAAAGCAUGUGAAAUUGCUAAGGACCAAACAGUCACUGUUUACACUGAUUCCAGAUAUGCCUAUGGGGUAGUGCAUGAUUUUGGCACAUUGUGGAAACAACGGCAGUUCCUGACUGCUGCAGGGAAACCCAUUGCACAUCACAAACUAGUGGCUGCAUUGCUAGAUGCCUUAUUACUCCCAAAAACCAUAGUUGUGUGUAAAUGUGAUGCUCACACUAACUCAAAAGACUCUGUUUCUCUAGGCAACUCCAGAGCCGAUGCAGCAGCAAAGACAGCAGCUAAACAGGAGGUGAAACCAGAGCACAGCAUUAACAUCAAAACCACACUAACUCCAUCUCCUAACACAGAUUUACAGGCUAUCCAGAGCAUGGCUACCCCAGAGGAGAAACGGGUAUGGAAAACAGCAGGGGCUCACAUAAAAGAGGAGGUUUGGUAUGGUCCUGAAAACAAACCAUGUCUCCCCAAACAUUUUUUCCCACAUUAUGCUAAGUUGACACAUGGGAGGGACCAUGUGUCAAAAGGGGGUAUGGUACAACAAAUGCAGCAACACUGGUUCACAAAGGGAUUCCAAAUUUACUCCUAAAAAUUUUGUAAGUCUUGUGUGAUCUGUGCAACUAAUAAUGUAGGCAGAGGCAUUCAAACUUCACCGGCAGCACAUCCACCUCCAGAUAGGCCUUUUGAACAUCUACAAAUGGACUUCAUAGAGCUCACACCAUGUGAAGGUAAAAAGUACAUGUUCUCAGAAUGGGUAGAAGUUUUUCCCUCUAGCAAAAAGAUGCAGGUGCAGUGGCCAAAGCCUUACUGCAAGAAAUCAUCCCAAGGUGGGGAAUACCAGGUAAGCUCAGCAGUGAGAAUGGACCAGCUUUUGUUAGCACAGCUGACUACAGGUGAGCGACUACCUUGGAAUUUCACUGCUAUGUCACUGACAAAUUACUCAUGCACAUUCUGUAUGGCGGCUAGGCCGCUACUUUUGGUAAUACUGGUCCCUGACACCUCAGAAACCUGUGCAUCAGAUCCUCAUUAUCCUAGUCACAAUUGUAGUUGUAAGUUCCUUUGCGAUAUCUACUACACAAAUUCUGACACAUCAUCUAAGAUUCCAGAAUUUUGUGGUCAUUUCUUUCCGUCAAGCGAUUUUACUAGGCCUCCAACACACUUUGAGCCACCUCAGGAUGUCCUUAUUCCUUCAGAGCUAAAUGUAACUGACUGUUUCAUCUCUACCUACGGCACCACCGAUGUGGGUACAGUAAAAGCAAAUUGUAAAUACCUUUGGGAUGUUCGCAAACAUUACAAUAGUGUCAUAGAUUAUGCGCUAUUACAUCAGACUGACUACCUUACUACAGCAAAAAUCACAAGAGACUGUUGACUAUGAGCAAAAUGAUGUGUAAAUUUUAAAUUCUCUUCACAGGUAUGAUGAUUAUAGUGCCGAUGUUUCAUUCAACAGCUAAGGCUAUUUCACCUUCCAAUUUAUGAUGUGUUUACUUAAACCCCAGCACAAAGACCGAGUGUGUGAAGACGGGAAAAACAACUUGACUGUAGGCUGUGUCCAAGGCCAUAGCGCACUUGUUAUCAUGCAGGUGCUACAUGGUGGUGGGAACCUGAACUCCCCAUGGCUAGUGGAACAAGAUUGUAUCAACACAGUAGUAUAAAGGAAUGGGUGUUAUUCUGUGCUUUGUUCAAUGCUGGUGCGAAGGCUGUUCGUGCUGUAUUGACCCCUUUGCAAAGGUUAUAUUCUUACUUUCAAUAAAUCAUCAGAAAAUAAGUUUGGUUUCAGAGCUCAACUUAUUUUUUCCACCACACAUGACAGAAAUGAAUAUAUUGAUUUAUGAAAGAAAUAAAGUGUAGAGCAAAAUAAGUAAAGAAUCUUUUAUGUAACAACAUGAGACUUGCUUAAAGUGUCCCCAUGGUGACCUGCUGUGUCAUAGCACUUCUACAAUUCUACUUCAAAGAUCAAAAUUGUUUCAGUUGUGUGAGAGAAACCAGCGAGUUCGGAGUAUUUUGGCGUCCAGCUUUCAUUUCACAAACUUUUGACAGUGUUUUUGAGUGUUUUUGUUCCCUGUUGAGCUUUUCAACAGCGACAUUAGAUGGAGCGAAGUAGAGGAAUCUACAAACCCAUCAGGGUGUUGUUUGACACGCCCAUAUAUGAGACAGCUGUGAACACCUGCUGGAACCUCAAAGGCUACAAGACUCAGAUUGUCAUCAUGACAGAGUUCCUCAGACUUCAGCAGGAAAAUCAGGUUCCAGCUCACAUCACUGUGGAGGAUAUGAGCAACCUGUUGGUGCAGGAGAGCAACAAGACACUCAGAGAGCAGCUCUGGAAGUUUAAACUGGAGGAUCUGGAGGAAACCGAGGCCAAACCUCUUCUCAAACUGGUGUGGGCAGUAAAUAUCAAUAAUAAAAUGAGGGACGUUGAGUUCCAGGCAUGGAUGCUCCUCAGAUUUCCAGAGGCCAAACCUCCUGAAUUUCAAGCACCUAAACUCCUCAGCAUGGUCAAAGACUACGUUGAGCUCCUCAAAGAGAAGCAGCAGAACACAGAGAUCUCCAGACUGCACACCACAGAGGAAGUGGUGAUAGAGGUAGUUCCUCGAGUCCUGCAGGGCUUCUGGCAGCUACCUCCACAACCGCUCUUAAACAUGGCGUCCCAGAGUCUGAGCGUACUGUGCACUAGUGUCACAAAGGCCACUCUGGAUAAGGUCUGCAAGACUCUGACAGCACCAGAAGGCCACGCCAACUUCUCCCGCUCUAUCAGAGAUACCAUGGUCCACACAAUCCUGAAGGAAAUAAGAGAGCAACACCCACCUGACAUUCUGCUCAAUAGCAUUUCGAAUUUUGCACCAGCGCUGCUCACUUCAAUUGCUGGUGUAUCAAAGAAACACAUUUGUGAGCUUUUUCAGCCCCAGAUCCCCAGCAAGCUAGAUGGUCACACAGCUGCUUCUCAAAGCCCAUCGAGAAUUCAAGAGGGCGUAAAUAUUACUGUACCUGUGGUAUCCCCUGCUAAAGCUCCAUGUUUGUUAGAGGUGAAGCCCAGUGAGGAACCUCCUGCUAAAGCUCUAUGCUUGUUAGAGGUGAAGCCCAGUGAGGAACCUCCUGCUAAAGCUCUAUGCUUGUUAGAGGUGAAGCCCAGUGAGGAACCUCCUGCUAAAGCUCUAUGCUUGUUAGAGGUGAAGCCCAGUGAGGAACCUCCUGCUAAAGCUCCAUCCUUGUUAGAGGUGAAGCCCAGUGAGGAACCUCCUGCUACAGCUCCAUGUUUGUUAGAGGUGAAGCCCAGUGAGGAACCUCCUACUGCUCACCUGUCGGUGUCUGAAGAAUUUGUGCCAGUCACAGUGAACUGUGAAGAAAUUAAAGCCAAGAAGAAAAAGAAGGAAAAAAUGGGGUUUUUCCAGAAACUCUGUAGGACUCUUUGCUGUUGUGUCAGUCCCAGCACAACUGACUGUCUUUAUUAUUCCUUUCACCCACUUUUUUCUAUCUGUCAAAUCACAAGUUUUCAAUAAAUAUUACCAUAUCUUCA